GUCAAUAAAUUGUGCGAAAAUUUGAAAUAUGUAUACACUGGGUGUUGUGCAGUUUUGUGAAUUUGUUUGAAAAUUAGUAGUAUUCGAAGUUAAAGUUAAAGAUUGAUUUAUUAAGUGUAGAUAAUUCUGCAUAGAAUUUUUUGAAAAAAGAAAUACUCGCAAGUUAUAACAAUGAUAACCUCUUCACGGUUUUAUCAUGUUACACACAAUCUGUUCAGUAUCAAAAAACUAGGUUUAAAAUUAACAAAAAUGGUAAACCCAAAAUCGAAAAAACAAUGGUAUCCUGCUCAAUCAACAGAUAUUGAUACUUUACCUUCCGUAAAAAGCUUAUCCAAAACGAAAUAUGAACCAGGCAAACGAGCAAACCGUAGAGUGGCUAUGUUGAACAAAGUGUUCAUGAAACAAAUUACAGACCUUAUGUCAACCGGUACAGUAUCCAUGGAUAUUGUAGGCAGAGGUAUUGAAAUCUCAAAAGUUCAAGUAACACCUGAUUACCAAUCUGUGAGAGUAUUUUGGGUGUGCAAGGGAACCGCUACUGAUGAAGAGACAGAAUCAGUUUUAAAAAGGACUUCUGGCAUUCUCAGGCAUGAGCUUUCUACAUUAAGUGUAAUGGGGCAGGUCCCAUACAUUACCUUUGUUAAAGAUAAACAAGAAGCUAAUGUAGUUGAGCUGGAUCGCAUUUUAUCUGUUGCUGAUUAUGGUGAUGAUUAUGAGCAAACACAAAUAGGACAUUUGCUCAAGACAGAGUUUACAUUGAACACUAGACUCUCGGAAGAGAUGAAAGCUAAAAUAAAACAACUCGAAGCCGAGAUACCUCUUGAAGAUGAUCCGGUUCCUGAGAUGACCCACAACGUGUACGGUUUGGAUCACGAUAAGAUAUUGAGCCGACUAGUCGCGGCCAGGAAGAAAAUUAGAGACGCAUGGGAUAACGUCGACGUUAAUGGAGAUAACACCGUCAUAUCGUAUAGGUCCUCUGCAGUGAAACCAGUUGAAGAUAACUUAAGCAACCAAAGAGAAGAACUAGCUGACUUUUUGUUGAAAAGACAGAUAAUGCAAAAUAAGCUGCGGAAACAAAUGCGCAAUGAUCGUGAGCAGCUGCAGAUUCAAUACGAAUUAUUGACUGAUCAAACCCAAGAUGUGGAUGAUGAAAGUGAUGUUUACAGUGAUGAUGAUGAAGAUGAUUAUUUAGAUUACGAAGAAGUUAAAAUGCCGAGUAUAGACCGACCUGAUAAAUUAAGUUAGAAUUUUUAUGUUGUUGUUAUUAUAUGUUAAUGUUAAGCUAUUUAUAAUGAAUAAAUCUGUUUGAAUUUUUACG